AAUUACAGAUGCUUUAUUCUGUAUGUGAAGCACAAGUUUAGGAAGUUAUUUUAGAACCAGAGUGGUGGGAAUCCACCAGUGGUAGACCAGGAUCCUGUAGCUCAGGCUGUCUUGGUAGCUCUCCAAGUAACUUUUCUCUCCCACAGACCAGUCCCCUCAGUGUAUAGGCAUUCUCUGGAACUGGUGGUGGUGGUAUUCUGUCCCCUUCUGUGGGGCCUCACUGUCACAUGAUGGAUGUCUGCAAUCACUGUUCUACCCCAGUUUCCAACUCUAGGGCCAGGUAUUCAACGGCAUAGUGACUAAAAGGCUGUUCAGAGAACCCUGACCAAGAUUAAUUUACCCAAAGUUGGAACAGAAGGACACAGUCAAGUUUAAGAUCAAAUGCUUUCUGUAGUGGCAGAAGGGAGUGCCUAACUUUGACGUUUGCAAAUGCAAAGAGAGGCACGGGUUCUCCAAAAGUUUAGAAAAUCGUAUGAGGUCUGAGUCAGGAAAGGAUUCAAGAAUCCACCACCACGUAUUGAAUCAUAUAGGAGCAGAGCACUUCAUGCGUAUGCUUUUUGUUUUUCAGACAAGGUCUUGCUCUGUUGCCCAGGCGGGAGUGCAGUGGCACAAUCAUGGCUCACUGCAGCCUCGACCUCCUGGGAUCAGGCAAUCCUCCCACCUCAGCCUCCCUAGUAGCUGGUACUGCAGGUGCACACCACCACACCUGGUAAAAACAAAACCAAACACAACUGUAGAGACAUGUCUCUGUUGCCCAGAAUAGUCUCAAACUCCUGGGCUCAAGUGAUCCUCCCACCACAGCCUCCCAAAGUGUUGAGAUUACAGGUGUAAGCCACUGCGCUAGGCCUUAUGUGUGUACUUAAUUUAAACUUCAUCCUUUAAGGCAGCUAUUAGUACCCCUAUUUUUUUAAAAAAAUUAUUUAUUUAUUUUUAAGGCAGAGUCUGGCUCUGUUGCCCUGGCUGGAGUGCAGUGGUACAAUCUCAGCUCACUGCAGCCUCCGCCUCCCAGGUUCAAGGGAUUCUCUGCCUCAGCCUCCAGAGUUGCUGGGAUUACAGUCACGCACUACCACAUUCAGUUAAGUUUUUAUAUUUUUGAUAGAGACGGGGUUUCACCAUGUUGACCAGGCUGGUCUCAAACUUCUGAUCUCAAGUGAUCCUCCUGUCUCGGCCUCCCCAAGUGCUGGGAUUACAGGCAAGAGCCACCCCGCCUGGCUAGUACCCCUAUUUUUGUAAUGAAGAAGCUGAGGUACAAAGAGGUUAAACAACUUGCUCAAAAUUACCAAGUAGAAGCCUGAGAUGGGGUAUGGUAAUUUAUGAUUCUACAUUUAUCCACCAUAUUAAGUCAACUGUGUUAAAUCAUGUUGAAGGAAGAUGAUGCGCUGUGAUGUGUAAUAUUGGUGCAGUUCAGCAUUACUGUGGUGCAGUGUCAAGUUCCAAAAGACACAAAACUGUCUGAUCGGCCUGUAGCGCAUCACCGCCCACCAGCAGUACCUGAAGACGCUUUCAGUCCCCUGCUAGUGCCCGUAGGAGUCCGGGCCGGUCCAUUUACAUUGAAGAAAAACUGAUCCCAGCACCUAAGUUACCCAGACAUCUUUUAGGCGGCAAGCUUUUCAGACAGUUUAACACAUUUAUUCUUGUUUUUUAAAAAAGGGCAAACACGUGGCGUUACAAAGGUCCUCCGUUUGGCACGCACCGGUGUCCCGGCAGCGCGCUGCGCUUCGACAGGCCAGUCUGUCUUCCCGCGGCGCCAGGGGUGAGAAGGUCAGGCAGGCGGGAUUUGGGGUUUCCCGUGUUCCGGACCGGACACUUCGCCAUCUUAACGAGCUACCACCUGGGUUAAGGGGCACCCAGGGCAGGUGCCCGGCCGGGGGUGAGGUAGCCGAGCCGCCGGUGCCUGGACGUGAACCCCUGCAGGGAGGGUCCGCGAGGGAAGCGAGCUCUCCACGGGUCCAUGACAGCAGGCCCGCGGGGGCACGGAGCCUGCGCCAGGCAGUCUUUCUAGAUCCUGGCCCAACUCGGCUGCUUUCGCGCCCGGGCUCCUUUUCCGAGUCCGGGAUCCUAGAGCGAUGCGCAGCGCAGUCCAGGGGUUCCCCCGGCGCGUUCUCGCCGUCUGGAUAGUCGCUGGCCACGCCCCUCCGCUUCCACCCUGACACCGGCCCCUGGCCGCAAAUGUCGCGAGACCUUCGUCCAUCCUCCCGGCGUGGUUCCGCGGCUCACGGCGUCCAGAGCGCGCACGCAGGCCCCGGGAGCGCGGGUCACACAGGGCACGCUGGGUCGGCGGAACUGAGGCUUCCAGCUGUGGGCCUCCCUGGCCCGGUUGCCCAGUCUCGCGAGAGUUGGGAGUAAACAGCCCCGAAUGGAGUGCCCAAGCGUGUUCGCCGCGGAGGCGCCGUUAUCCCGGGCCUGCCGGCCCUGAGCUCCAGGCGGCGCAGAUUGGCUCACAGUGGUUGAUUGAUCAACCCCGUUGGACGUUGGUUCUGUGGUACAAAUGGAAUAUAGGACUCAGUCAUCACGGCCUGAGUGAGAGAAGCCUUAUUUCCAAGAUGGAGAAGAAGCGGAGAAAGAAAUGAAAGCCUCUCUUCAGGCUGAACCACAAAAGGCCAUGGGAUUUAACUUUUAUUUACGUUGGACAAGACUGUAAUAUGGCUGAUCAGUAAUGUUGCAGCUUUUAGCCGAAACAAAAAUUCAUUUCUAAUCAAGAAGAAAAAAGUGUGAUUUGAAUGUAUGCAAUUUUAUGAUCAUAUUCGCUUGUGACCAUGAAGCUUGUCAACAUCUGGCUGCUUCUGCUAGUGGUUUUGCUCUGUGGGAAGAAACAUCUGGGCGACAGACUGGAAAAGAAAUCUUCUGAAAAGGCCCCAUGCCCGGGCUGUUCCCACCUGACUUUGAAGGUGGAAUUCUCAUCAACAGUUGUGGAAUAUGAAUAUAUUGUGGCUUUCAAUGGAUACUUUACAGCCAAAGCUAGAAAUUCAUUUAUUUCAAGUGCGCUGAAGAGCAGUGAAGUAGACAAUUGGAGAAUUAUACCUCGAAACAAUCCAUCCAGUGACUACCCUAGUGAUUUUGAAGUGAUUCAGAUAAAAGAAAAACAGAAAGCGGGGCUGCUAACACUUGAAGAUCAUCCAAACAUCAAACGGGUCACGCCGCAACGAAAAGUCUUUCGUUCCCUCAAGUAUGCUGAAUCUGACCCCACAGUACCCUGCAAUGAAACCCGGUGGAGCCAGAAGUGGCAAUCAUCGCGUCCCCUGCGAAGAGCUAGCCUCUCCCUGGGCUCUGGCUUCUGGCAUGCUACGGGAAGGCAUUCGAGCAGACGGCUGCUGAGAGCCAUCCCGCGCCAGGUUGCCCAGACACUGCAGGCAGACGUGCUCUGGCAGAUGGGAUAUACAGGUGCUAAUGUAAGAGUUGCUGUUUUUGACACUGGGCUGAGCGAGAAGCAUCCCCACUUCAAAAAUGUGAAGGAGAGAACCAACUGGACCAACGAGCGAACGCUGGACGAUGGGUUGGGCCAUGGCACAUUCGUGGCAGGUGUGAUAGCCAGCAUGAGGGAGUGCCAAGGAUUUGCUCCAGAUGCAGAACUUCACAUUUUCAGGGUCUUUACCAAUAAUCAGGUAUCUUACACAUCUUGGUUUUUGGACGCCUUCAACUAUGCCAUCUUAAAGAAGAUUGACGUGUUAAACCUCAGCAUCGGCGGCCCGGACUUCAUGGAUCAUCCCUUUGUUGACAAGGUAUGGGAAUUAACAGCUAACAAUGUAAUCAUGGUUUCUGCUAUUGGCAAUGACGGACCCCUUUAUGGCACUCUGAAUAACCCUGCUGAUCAAAUGGAUGUGAUUGGAGUAGGCGGCAUUGACUUUGAAGAUAACAUCGCCCGCUUUUCUUCAAGGGGAAUGACUACCUGGGAGCUACCAGGAGGCUACGGUCGCGUGAAACCUGACAUUGUCACCUAUGGUGCUGGCGUGCGGGGUUCCGGCGUGAAAGGGGGGUGCCGGGCCCUCUCAGGGACCAGUGUUGCUUCUCCAGUGGUUGCAGGCGCUGUCACCUUGUUAGUGAGCACAGUCCAGAAGCGUGAGCUGGUGAAUCCUGCGAGUAUGAAGCAGGCCCUGAUUGCAUCAGCCCGGAGGCUCCCCGGGGUCAACAUGUUUGAGCAAGGCCACGGCAAGCUCGAUCUGCUCAGAGCCUAUCAGAUCCUCAACAGCUACAAGCCACAGGCAAGUUUGAGCCCCAGCUACAUAGAUCUGACUGAGUGUCCCUACAUGUGGCCCUACUGCUCCCAGCCCAUCUACUAUGGAGGAAUGCCAACAGUUGUUAAUGUCACCAUCCUCAACGGCAUGGGAGUCACAGGAAGAAUUGUAGAUAAGCCUGACUGGCAGCCCUAUUUGCCACAGAACGGAGACAACAUUGAAGUCGCCUUCUCCUACUCCUCAGUCUUAUGGCCUUGGUCGGGCUACCUGGCCAUCUCCAUUUCUGUGACCAAGAAAGCGGCUUCCUGGGAAGGCAUUGCUCAGGGCCAUGUCAUGAUCACUGUGGCUUCCCCAGCAGAGACAGAGUCAAAAAAUGGUGCAGAACAGACUUCAACAGUAAAGCUCCCCAUUAAGGUGAAGAUAAUUCCUACUCCCCCGCGAAGCAAGAGAGUUCUCUGGGAUCAGUACCACAACCUCCGCUAUCCACCUGGCUAUUUCCCCAGGGAUAAUUUAAGGAUGAAGAAUGACCCUUUAGACUGGAAUGGUGAUCACAUCCACACCAAUUUCAGGGAUAUGUACCAGCAUCUGAGAAGCAUGGGCUACUUUCUAGAGGUCCUUGGGGCCCCCUUCACAUGUUUUGAUGCCAGUCAGUAUGGCACUUUGCUGAUGGUGGACAGUGAGGAGGAGUACUUCCCCGAAGAGAUCGCCAAGCUCCGGAGGGACGUGGACAACGGCCUCUCGCUCGUCAUCUUCAGUGACUGGUACAACACUUCAGUUAUGAGAAAAGUGAAGUUUUAUGAUGAAAACACAAGGCAGUGGUGGAUGCCGGAUACCGGAGGAGCUAACAUACCAGCUCUGAAUGAGCUGCUGUCUGUGUGGAACAUGGGGUUCAGCGAUGGCCUGUAUGAAGGGGAGUUCACCCUGGCCAACCAUGACAUGUAUUAUGCGUCAGGGUGCAGCAUCGCGAAGUUUCCAGAAGAUGGCGUCGUGAUAACACAGACUUUCAAGGACCAAGGGUUGGAGGUUUUAAAGCAGGAAACAGCAGUUGUUGAAAACGUCCCCAUUUUGGGACUUUAUCAGAUUCCAGCUGAGGGUGGAGGCCGGAUUGUACUGUAUGGGGACUCCAAUUGCUUGGAUGACAGUCACCGACAGAAGGACUGCUUUUGGCUUCUGGAUACCCUCCUCCAGUACACAUCGUAUGGGGUGACACCUCCUAGCCUCAGUCACUCUGGGAACCGCCAGCGCCCUCCCAGUGGAGCAGGCUCUGUCACUCCAGAGAGGAUGGAAGGAAACCAUCUUCAUCGGUACUCCAAGGUUCUGGAGGCCCAUUUGGGAGACCCAAAACCUCGGCCUCUGCCAGCCUGUCCACAUUUGUCUUGGGCCAAACCACAGCCUUUAAACGAGACGGCGCCCAGUAACCUUUGGAAACAUCAGAAGCUACUCUCCAUCGACCUGGACAAAGUGGUGUUACCCAACUUUCGAUCGAAUCGCCCUCAAGUGAGGCCCUUGUCCCCUGGAGAGAGCGGCGCCUGGGACAUUCCUGGAGGGAUCAUGCCUGGCCGCUACAACCAGGAGGUGGGCCAGACCAUUCCUGUCUUCGCCUUCCUGGGAGCCAUGGUGGUCCUGGCCUUCUUUGUGGUACAAAUCAACAAGGCCAAGAGCAGGCCGAAGCGGAGGAAGCCCAGGGUGAAGCGCCCGCAGCUCAUGCAGCAGGUUCACCCGCCAAAGACCCCUUCGGUGUGACCGGCAGCCUGGCUGACCGUGAGGGCUGGAGCGAGCCUUCACGGAUGGCGCUGGUGGGUGAGCCGAGCUGUGGUGGUGCCUGGUUUAAAAGGGAUCCAGUUUCCAGCUGUAGGUUUGUUAGAGUCUGUUCUGCAUGGGCCUGCCCUCCUGUGAUGGGCAGAGGCUCCUGGUACAUCGAGAAGAAUCCUGUGGGUCCCGUCAGGAGGAACUUAGUGGCUCUGCCGCCAGUGAGACUUCCCACCGGGCAGCUGUGCGCACCAAAGACUCGGGGGAACCUGGAAAGGCUGUCUGGGGUCUGCUGACUGCAGGGGAAGGAUGUACUUUCCAAACAAAUGACACAACCCUGACCAAGCUAAAAUACGCUUGUUAAAGGCUAUUUUCUAUAUUUAUUGUUGGGAAAAGUCACUUUAAAGACUUGUGCUAUUUGGAAGCAAAGCUAUUUUUUUUGUCAGUGGAAUGCAGUUUUUUUUACUAUUUCAUCAUGAGGAACAACAUAGAUUCCAUGAUCUUUUUAAUGACAGUACAGACUGAGAUUUGAAGGAAACAUGCACAAAUCUGUGAAACAUAGACCUUCGCUUUAUUUUUGUAAGUAUCACCUGCCACCAUGUUUUGUAAUUUGAGGUCUUGAUUUCACCAUUGUCGGUGAAGAAAAUUUUCAAUAAAUAUGUAUUACCCAUCUGAAGCUUAAA